CUCUCUCUCUCUGUUUUUCUUUGUGCCCACAUGGAGCUCUCACUCUCUCCCUCUUCACUUCGAGGACCUUCUCUAAUCCCCCAUUGCAACGCCACCAAAACAUUACCACUCAAGCCCACUUCAACCGAAUUCUUUUACUUGACUCCUUCCAAAUCCUUAUUAUUCUCCUCCAACAACUUUGGCCUCUCUGCCCAAAGCAGGUCCUUAAAACCUCUCUUAAACGCCCAACGGCUGCGAAAUUCCAUCCGGGCAUGUGCUCAAGUUGGAGCUGCUGAUGCCGGAUCGGAUCCGGUACUUAACAAAGUUUCGAGUUUUAGAGAUGCUUGUUGGAGAUUCCUAAGGCCCCAUACAAUAAGGGGAACUGCUCUAGGGUCGAUUGCUUUGGUAUCAAGAGCGUUGAUUGAGAACCCAAAUUUGAUAAAGUGGUCUCUGCUGUUUAAGGCAUUCUCUGGCCUGUUUGCUUUGAUAUGUGGGAAUGGUUAUAUAGUAGGCAUCAAUCAGAUUUACGAUAUCGGUAUUGACAAGUACGCUGUGCAAUCUUUAUGUGUCAUUUUCAGGGUAAACAAACCAUAUUUACCUAUAGCGGCAGGAGAUCUUUCAGUUAAAUCAGCAUGGUUGUUGGUGGUAUUUUUUGCACUGGCUGGUCUGUUGAUUGUUGGAUUCAAUUUUGGGCCAUUCAUUACAUCGCUCUACUGUCUUGGUCUUUUUCUUGGGACCACCUAUUCUGUUCCUCCGUUUAGAUUGAAGAGAUUUCCUGUUGCUGCAUUUCUGAUAAUUGCUACGGUGCGAGGCUUCCUUCUCAACUUCGGUGUAUAUUAUGCCACGAGAGCUGCCCUUGGACUUACAUUUGAGUGGAGCUCUCCCGUUGCUUUCAUCACUACCUUUGUGACAUUGUUUGCUCUGGUCAUUGCCAUCACAAAAGAUCUUCCAGAUGUAGAGGGAGACCGCAAGUUUAAGAUAUCAACCUUUGCAACAAAACUUGGAGUGAGAAACAUCGCAUUCCUUGGUUCCGGGCUUCUUCUGCUAAAUUAUGUUGGUGCUAUAGCAGCUGCAAUUUACAUGCCACAAGCUUUCAAGCGUAACUUAAUGUUGCCCAUUCACGCAGCCCUGGCAUUAUGCUUAAUCUUCCAGGCCUGGGUGUUGGAGCAAGCAAAUUACACCAAGGAUGCAAUUGCAGGUUUCUACCGAUUCAUAUGGAAUCUCUUCUAUGCAGAGUAUAUUAUAUUUCCUUUCAUAUAGCAAAAUAAACCUUAACUGUCUUGAUCCUAUACUGGAGAGAGUGAGAGAAAUGUGUACAACGUUAACGAAUUGUAGGUAUUGCAGUUAAUGUGAGGAGAAUAUUUUGUUAUACUGUAUGUAAAUAUUGCGG